AUGUUCCCGAUUCUGUACCAGAGUUUGAACUUCGGCAGAAGACAACUGGACUCUGGAGCAAACUCCAUCCGUAUAUUUGCACCAGGUAAAUCAAGGCCAUCCCUGGGCCUUCUGGCGGCCGUCUGGGCAAGCAGUAGUCCCGAAGCCUUCCUUUUUGGAGACAUUCACACUGUGGUGUUCGAGUGCCAAGCGCCACCGAAUGCCGUCGUGGUGAUCAACGCGAAUCAGCGUGCCUCGUCGAACUCGAUCAUUUUUUUUAAGCAGUCCGGAAGACGAGGUUCGACGCUCGACGGCUGCCGAUUGCUGACGUCUUUACUCAUCAUCUAA